AUUACGUCGAUCAUUACGUACGACCUCGGCACUGUUAACCAUUUACAGAUAGGUUAACUGGCUCAAAUUUCAUAAUUUGUUCUUGCCAUCGAUCAAAAUCGUUCUGGAACUUAUAUUCUGGGGGAUUCAAACUUGCAUUGUCAAUUUGGGAUCGAUAGAGAGCCGUACUUUUCAUGUAAAAGAUUCUAUAGAUCUAUCACCUACAGCCAACGAGUUUCUUUAUCACUUUGUCCGUGGUUACCGCUUAUUUUAGUUCUGCUGGAAACUUUGCUUCAUUUUCGACGAGAAAAAAGACUUAAACGGAUUAUCUUUGGUAUUUACUUCACAAAUCAAGGUGGAGUGAUCGACUGAAGGGUUUCGAGAGUUGCAGACCACACGUGUGAUGUUUYUGUGAACUAUUGUACCUUGGAGGAUUAUUUGUGUACAGUGCCUGACUUGUGCUUUAAUAUAAAAGUAUACUCUUUAUAGCAUCCUAAAAACAUGGGGUGUUCUGCUUCGACGGGUGCACCAGUCCAACAAAAUAACAACGUCCCAAAUGGGAACGUAAAACCAGAGACACGACCUGCRCCUUCUGAACCAAGAAACGAACAACCUAAGCCUUCCAAAGAAAGACGAGAUUCAUCCAGCAGUAGCAGCAGCAGUAGUAGUGACAGCAGUGUUGGUUCAAAGGAUAAAAAGAAAGUAAAAGAGAAAAAUCCAGUUGAAGAGAAGCCAGUUACUCAGCCCACAGAGAGUGAAAAUGUGAAAGAAAAUGAAACGCCAGCAACAGUGGAUGAGAAACCAGCAAAUGAAAACGUGACAGCAGUUGAGGCAGACCCGACAGAAAAUGUGAAUGAAAAUCAACCAGAAGAAAAAGAGAAAGAGAAAGAAGAAGCUCAAGAAAAAGGAACGGAAAAUGAGGAAGCAGCCCAAGAAAAACCCAAUUUUAAUGAGGAAGUGCUGAAGAGCUUUGUGGAAUUGGAGACAGAGAUCAAAGACCUUGAAAGUAAAGCUUCUCAUAAUGUUCAAUCACAAAUGGUCAAGUURCAGAUGACGGCUGAAACAAGGAACCACUUGAUUGCUGCUGUUCAAAACAUACAAUCAGCGCAGAAGUUCUUGACUCCUAUAAAAGUGCCUUACUUUAAUCAAAGCGACUUAGAGCAACUUCAACAAGCAAUAAAUACCAUCUUCCAUGAUGUUCAGUUGCCUCAAAAUUACCGCACAGCUCAUGCCAAUUUUGUAGAAUUUUACAACAAGUCCCAAAACCUGCUAAACUGGAUUGACCAAGUCUUGAAAAACACCAUCAACCCAGAUUAUGAUGAGGUCAAGAAGAGUUAUCAUGUGAAAUACUACGAACUAAAAGAAGAACGCUUGACACUUAUCCAGAACAUCGUCAAAGAGAAACUUGGAGUGGAAAUGAAUUUGGAUAUUAAGAAAGAGGAGUACAAAGAAACUGAGGAGGCUGUUGUGUCAGACGAACAGGUUAUCAAACCUGGUGAGGUAACUAAGGAAGAAGGAGAUGAACAAGCUCCAGAGCUUGAUGCUCAGAGUGAAGAGCCACCAGCUGAGAUCCCAGCAGCUGAGGAAGCACAAGCUGCUACAGGUGAAGGAGAAAACCCAGAUGCAGCUGCAAGUGAAGAGCAACCUGCAGAGAACAAGCCACGAGUAAAGGCAGUUCCAUUAUCUGAAUUAGCACCAGCACCUAAUCAAGAAGACCUGUUUGGAAAUAUUGAUCAACUGAAAAAGAAGCAUGAAGAGGAGAUUGCAGAGUUUGAAAAAGCUCAAGAAGUGAAUAAGGCAAGAGUGGAGCAGGGCUUGCAAGAAAGGCUCCGGGCAAGAAGAAGCAGAAGACGAAAAAUGCAACAACAAGAAGCUGAAACAGCAGAACUAACUGGAGAAAAUGACAGCAGCUUGCCAGUACCAAUAGAAUAAUAGAGCAUUAAUAGUGUACAGUAUUUGACUGAUAAAUAGAAAUAUCUGUGAGUGUUUUGUAGUUCAAAGACAGUGGCAUCCAAUUCAAUGUACAUUUUAUCUUGUAUUGUUAUUUUAUCAGAUCACAGGAAAUAUUUUGAGCAGUUUCUCUUGGUUUACAAGCAAAGAUUAAUAUUUUAAUGGCAAAAUAUUAAAUGAUUUCAAAAUUUUCUUUGUGUAAAAUACUAAUGUAAAUAAAUAAAAACUCUGAAUGCUCUGAAAGUAUU